AUGCAAUCAAUGCAAAGAGCGCCACACCAAUUUAAAAAAGUCAAGAGUUGUAGAGCUCAAUGCUUUAAGAACCAUCAUAGAAGACAUAAUGAUAUCCAGACUUCACAGACCACGCCUGUUCCUGGACAAGUCAGUGUUGUUUUGAACACUGUCUCAAAUGACACUAUCAACAGAGAACGUGCUGAUGCAAUCGAAGAUCAGAUCAUGAAUACACUCAACAGCAAAGAUAAUGAUGAUCCAAUUAUGAAUAUCUUCAGUAAUGAUGAUAAUGAUGAGUCUAUGGGUGAAAUUGACUUACUUCCAACUCCGCUAAAAUCAAAGAAGUACACCUCUGUUUUUCAAGGUUAA